AUGGCCGGCGCCUGCUGGGAGCGGGGCCUGGACGGGAGGACCGCUGUAGCGAGAGAGGGGCGAAUGGUGGCUGCCGCCAUGUGCUUCUCUCCUCUUCACCCUCCAGCCCUGUGCUGCUUUAGUCUUCACCCUUCAGCCCUGUGCUUCCUCCAUCCACCCUCCAGCCAUGUGCUGCUCUCCCUAUCCAACCCUAUCCCUGUGCUGCUCUCCUCUCCUCCCUCCAGUCCUGUGCUGCUCUCCUCUUUACCAUCCAGCCCUGUGCUGCUCUUCCCAUCCACCCUCCAGCCAUCCCUGUCCUUCCCCAUCCACCCUCCAGCCCUGUGCUUCCACCAUCCACCCUCCAGCCCUGUGCUUCCCCGUCCACCCUCAAGCCCUGUGCCUCCCCCAUCCACCCACCAGCCCUGUGCUGCUCUCACUAUCCACCCCAUCCCUGUGCUGCUCUACAUAUCCACCCCCAGCCCUGUGCUGCUCUCCUCUCCACCCUCCAGCCCUGUGCUGCUCUUUUUUCCACCCUCCAGCCCUGUGGUGCUCUUCCCAUCCACCCUCCACCAUUGUGCUGCUUCUCCAUUCACCCUCCACCCCUGUGCUGCUCUCCUCUUCACCCUCCAGCCCUGUGGUGCUCUUCCCAUCCACCCUCCACCCCUCUGUGGCUCUCCAUUUCACCCUCCAGCUCUGUGCUGCUCUCCUCUCCUCCCUCCAGCCCUGUGCUUCCCCCAUCCACCCUACAGCACUGGGCUUCCCACAUUCAUCCCCAGCCCUGUGCUUCUCUCCUUUCCACCUUCCAGCUCUGUGCUGCUUUCCUCUCCGCCCUCCAACCCUGUGCUUCCCCCAUCCAUCCUCCAACCCUGUGCUGCUCAUCUCUCCACCCUCCAGCCCUGUGUUUCCCCCAGCCAUCCCCAGUCUUGUGCUCCUCUCCUCUCCACCCACCAGCCCUGUGCUAUUCUCCUCUCCUCCCUCCAGCCCUGUGCUUCCCCCAUCCAUCCUACAGCACUGUGCUUCCCCCAUUUACCCUCCAGCACUGUGCUUCCCCCAUGCACCCACCACCCCUGUGCUGCUCUCCCCAUCCACCCUCCAACCCUCUUUGGCGCUCCUCUAUACCCUCCAGCCCUGUGCUGCUCUCCUCUCCAGCCCCCAGACCUGUGCUGCCCUCCUCUCCAACCUACGGCCCUGUGCUGCUCUGCCCUUCACCCUUCAGCCCUGUGGUGGUCUUCCCAUCCACCCUCCACCACUGUGCUGCUUAUCCAUCCACCCUCCACCCCUCUGCUGCUCUCCUCUUCACCCUCCAGCCCUGUGGUGCGCUUCCCAUCCACCCUCCACCCUUCUGCGGCCCUCUAUUUCACCCUCCAGCUCUGUGCUGCUCUCCUCUCCACCUUCCAGCCCUGUGCUUCCCCCAUCCACCCUACAGUACUAGGCUUCCCACAUCCAUCCCCAGCCCUGUACUUCUCUCCUUUCCACCUUCCAGCUCUCUGCUGCUCUCCCCAUCCACCCACCACCCCUCUGCGGCUCUCCUCUUCAUCCUCCAGCCCUGUGCUGCCCUCCUCUCCACCAUCCAGCCCUGUGCUGCUCUCCUCUCCACCCUCCAGCCCUAUGCUGCUUUACUCUCCACCCUCCAGCCCUCCUACCCACCCUAUGGCCCUGUGUUGCUCUGCUCUUCACCCUCCAGCCCUGUGGUGCUCUUACCAUCCAACCUCAAUCACUGUGCUGCUCUCCACAUCCACCCCUCUGCAGCUCUCCAUUUCACCCUCCAGCCCUGUGCUGCUCUCUUCUCCACCUUCCAGCUCUGUGAUGCUUUCCUCUCCGCCCUCCAACCCUGUGCUUCCCCCAUCCAUCCCAAGCCUUGUACUCCUCUCCUCUCCACUGUCCAGCCCUGUGCUGCUCUCCUAUCCACCAUCCAGCCCUCGGCUUCUCAUCCACCCUCCAGCCUUGUGCUACUCUCAGCUCCACUCUCCAGCCCUGUGCUUCCCACAUCCAUUCCCAGCCCUGUGCUGCUCUCCUCUCCACUUUCCAGCUCUGUGA